AUGUACAUACUCUCGGAGAUAGAGGACUUGAUCCGAGUGCCGCCGAGCUCAUUCAAUGUUCCUAUCAAGCUUUCGGUAACUGAUGAGUUACAUCAGAAAUAUUCUAAUCGAGUGGUUGGUGGGUUAGGUCUAGUGGUAGCAGUUUGGGAUGUACUUCAAUUGGAUGACGGACUUAUACGUCCGGGAGAUGGUGGGGUCUUUGUAGGUACCAGGUUCCGCUGUAUAGUUUGGAAGCCAUUUGCUGGAGAGAUUCUUGGAGGUUGGGUACUGGAAUGUUUACCACUGGGGAUUAAAGUCCGGAUGGGAUUCUUUGAUGAAAUCUUUAUUAAGAAGGAAUACUUGUUUGAAGGAUGUGAAUACAAAGAAGCAGAGAAGGCUUGGGUAUGGAAGCCUGAUGCUGAUACGGAAUUAUAUAUUGAUGUUAAUGAGAAGAUCCGGUUCCGAGUUGAGGAAGAAGUGUUUAAUGAUGUUAAGGCUACAGAACUUAAAGCUACGGAUGGAAAUACCCAAAGUGGUAAUGAGAAACCAUCAUAUGUUAUUAUUGGAUCGUGCCAAGUAGAAGGAACUGGAUGUGUAUCAUGGUGGGAAUAA